UGCGCACAGUAUAGCAGCAAUGCAGAGAGAGGAUGUAUCACCAGCUGCAGUAACACCUCCUCCUAUUUUCAGCUUUUUAUCUCUAGUAGAGAAAGCACAGGAAGAGAGUGACAAACGUACAAAGUAAAGGAAAGGCAGUGCUCCCCGCCUUGUGUUUUAUUAGCUUGGGUUCAUUACGCUGUUAUUCCCAGGCAGGAGCAGACCUAUGGACUCAGCACCUUCAGUGGUGCCUGCUGGCCAAGCAGCUGCGGGACCGUAUCUACCUCUUACUGACAAUGAACAGAAACGUUACUCAGAGCUUUUCUCCUUGUGCCAGGUUGAAGGAUCUGCAAGACUGGCAGCUGAUAGCAGCAAAGUGGGUGAGCUGUUCAGAGGAUCUCAGCUACCUGCUGAAACUUUACACCAGAUCACAGAACUGUGUGGUGCGAAACAUGGGGGUUACUUCGGUCCAGCUCAGUUCUUUAUUGCUAUGAAAUUAAUUGCUGCAGCACAAGCUGACCUCCCAGUGCACCUGGAGAGCAUCAAGUGUGAGUUACCACUUGCUUGCUUCUUUUCUAUGAAAAGUGACAAAAAUGUAAAAUCUGGAAUCCAAUCACGGAACAAAGAUACGCAGCUAUCCAUACUCACUGCCAGUGAGAAAGGGCAUCAACACUGCCGUGGCGAAGGGGAAAGUAAGUUAGAUGUGAAGACCAUAGUGACAUCACCUCAAAAAUCUUCUGUAUCAUCUCCAAACUAUGGAUAUGGAAAGUCACAGAGCAGUCCUGACCACCACAGCGGAGCAGCGUAUGAGACCAGACAACCUGCACUACUUCAGCAGGAUGGACAGUUGUCGCUGAACUAUGGAAACCAAUCUGCACCUCUGCAGCCUUCUCUCAGCCAGUCAUUCUCAGUUGAAAGAGAAUCACAGGAUAAAUCUGAUAGUUACUCUGAGGACCCCUGGAGGAUAACAGAAGAACAGCGAGAAUAUUACACUAACCAGUUCAAAACCUUGCAACCCGAUUUGAAUUCCUUUAUUUCUGGUUCUGUAGCAAAAAACUUUUUUACCAAAUCUAAACUACCUAUUUCAGAACUUUCACACAUUUGGGAUCUUAGUGAUGUUGACUGUGAUGGUGCUUUGAUCCUGCCAGAGUUUUGUGCUGCUUUUCAUCUUAUCGUUGCUAAGAAGAAUGGCUAUGACUUACCAGAUACACUGCCUAAGACCUUACUGGCUGAAAUAUUGCAAUCAGCAUCUUUAAAGCAAAGUACAGAUGGUGUGUAUGAAAUUUACCGUGGAAUAAGCACAGUUUGCCCAGCCAGAAAAGAGCUAGAAACUGUCUGUGAAGAUCCAGCCAACUCAGAGCCCCUUAUUCUCUUUGAUGUGGAAACCAGUAACACCGAGCCAGAAACUUGUGUUGGAGUACAACCUGGUCAGAAUGCAUUAAAAGAAAACUCAAGCAAUGAAUCUAAAGCUAAAAAAGAGAAAACACUAACUCAUAGUAUAUCAACGGAACCAAAACAUUUCCCUUCCUUCAAAACUGCUACUCACCAGGAACCAUACAAAACAAGGCCAAGAUCUAGAUCUUACUCCAGCACGUCUAUUAAAGAAACGAUGAAGAAAGUUGAAGAACCUCCCACUCCACCUCCAAGACCGCAGAAAACACAUUCAAGAGCUUCUUCCUUAGACUUGAAUAGAAUCAUUCAACACCACUCUCCAGCUCUUCGGGCUGGAUGGAUACCACCUCCACCUGCUCUGCCUCCAAGACCAUGUGUUUCACAGCAGAUUCCUUACCAGGCUAGUAACUCAGAGCAAAAGCUACAGAUACAACAGCCAACUUUUGCAGACUUCAAAUCACAAGACCAGAGUGACCGAGCAGCAGAGAUAGAAUUACAUCUACAGACAAAUAAAUCCUUACCACAGACAGAGGAGAGCAGCCCUGCCAAGAAGGAAAUGCUACAUAACCAACCACCAACAAAACCACUACGAAGAAAAUUCCACCCAGAAAGUCAAAUGCUGGAAAAUCACGACCUGUCAUCAGCAUCAAGUGUGACCUCAUCAGCUGCAUCUUUGAAGUCAUAUCCUGCUGUUCAAAAGCAGCCUUCCAAGCAGAAGAAAGAUAUCCAGACAGCCAUCCGUAAAAACAAGGAGGCUAAUGCAGUGCUGGCCAGACUGAAUAGCGAGCUUCAGCAACAGCUAAAGGAGGUCCAUCAGGAAAGGAUUGCCUUGGAAACUCAACUGGAGCAACACCGUCCUCUUACUGUGUCAUGACCCUCGGCCGGCAUCUGGUAGAAGUGACAGCAAUACUCUCCAUGCAAGGAUAUUUAACAGCGCAUCUGUGUAGUAACCUGGGUAUAUUAUGAUAUUCAUGGUGCUGAAGCCAGUCGAGUUUGGAAUGAAAUACUGUCGUUUGUUUUCCCUUUUAUCUGUUUUACAAAGAAGCAAAAAAAUAUUUAUUAUUUUAAAUGAAAGUCCCUUACCUCUAGAAAGUAUGUGUGGAUGGCGUUCAUCUUGAAUUGCAGCAUUCUCCAUUACUAUGUUACACUGAAGGGCUAUUGCAGCCUGCACUUCUUUUAUGUCUUCAUGUAUUCAGGGACCAAUGUCUUUGUUCCAUCUUUUGGGGAACUUAUGUUUCUGAUUCGCCGUGAUCCUUCACUCAAGGUCUGUUUUGGUAUUGCUUUCUCCAUGUCCUGUGUUUCUGUGAACAGAUCAUCAAUUACACCUUACACUCUUACUGCGUCAAUGUUGUAGAAGUUUUUACAUGUACUGAUAAUAGCACUGAUUUGAAUUAAGUAAUCAGCAACAAGAAAGGUUUCUAACAUAUGGAAAUUAAUACAUUUAUUGUACAAAUUUAAAUAUAAAAUAUCUUCUAUGAAGCAUUAAUCCAGCUUCUACUGUGGACAAGAGUCACUGCCAGCUACCAAGUCCUAAAAGUGUUAGUCAAUUUAUUAUUCAUUUUCCUUUAUUUAUAUGAUGCCACAAAGGUUCCGCAGCCCCUAAAGUACAUGAACAAAUGAUCAGCACAAGAAACCAGUAACGUACAGUAUAUGACAAUGCAGUACAAGUACAUGGUAUAUACAUAGCUGCAUCACUGGUCAUAACACCCACAUAAGCACCAAGGAGGCAGAAACCAAGCGUUAGGUGCUGUUGUAAGGAGUAUGGAGUAGAAGUAGAUGAUAGUAUAAGUAAGGGAACAACAGCACAUGAGACAAGAGGGCCCUGCUUGUGAGAGCUUUUAUUCUAAUUGAGAGUGGCAGUCAGACAGGGGUGAGGCUGAGGGGGUAGACAGUUAGCAUGGGACAUAGGGGGUCAUUCCGAAUUGUUCGCUCGUUGCCGAUUUUCGCAACGGAGCGAUUAAGGCAAAAAUGCGCAUGCGCAUGGUACGCAGCGCGCAUGCGCUAAGUAUUUUAGCACAAAACUUAGUAGAUUUACUCACGUCCGAACAAAGAAUUUUCAUCGUUGUGAUCGGAGUGUGAUUGACAGGAAGUGGGUGUUUCCGGGCAGAAACUGACCGUUUUCUGUGAGUGUGCGGAAAAACGCAGGCGUGCCAGGAUAAAACGCAGGAGUGUCUGGAAAAACGGGGGAGUGGCUGGCCGAACGCAGGGCGUGUUUGUGACGUCAAACCAGGAACGAAACGGGCUGAGCUGAUCGCAGUGUAGGAGUAGGUCUCGAGCUACUCAGAAACUGCUAAGAAUUUUCUAUUCGCAAUUCUGCUAAUCUUUCGUUCGCAAUUCUGCUAAGCUAUGAUACACUCCCAGAGGGCGGCGGCCUAGCGUGUGCAAUGCUGCUAAAAUCUGCUAGCGAGCGAACAACUCGGAAUGACCCCCCAUAGGGUAGAUGCUACCACUGAGCGCCAUGGUUACUACCUUGCCAAUCACCCAGCUGAUCGUAUUAAAUGCUCCAGUCCCUAAAGUAUUUAUCUGAUCAGUGUGAGCCCCAUACACACUGAGCUGGAAAUAGGUCAGGGAUUGUAUAUAUUGUAGCGAUGCCAGUCCUAAAACUCACCAGCUGGGUACCGGUGCUCUGCUGCAGGAAGGUCACGUGUAUGAAUCCUGUUGCUUCGGCUGACAUUCAAGGGCCAUAGGGCAUUAGUCAGUGACUGAGCAGCAGCAGUGAAGCGGGAGGGAGGCUGUCUCGGCUCCUCUAUGGGGUCAGGUGGUCAGGCAUCUAAAAUAUUAAACUACACAUAAUGUGGGACCUUCUGAACUGGCCAUUGCAGGAGGACAUUAUGUCAUUUAUUGGCUAACGCUCCUGCAUCUACUAUCUACUCAAUUGUUGGGCCAAUCAGCUGUUAUCGGGUGAUCAGCCCAGUGUUUUGUAUAGGUGUGUAGAGCAGAGAUCUCUUUUAGAAGUAAGAAAUCUGUCCUAUAGUAACAGUUCAAUUUCAGUAUAUUGUUUCAUUUGAGGUUUGGCUGCACUUACAGUAUCAGUCACUAAAACUGAAACCCUAAGUCCUGACUGCAGCAAAAAUAAAUUGCAACCAAAUAUUUUAAUAUUUUAAGGUAAGCUGAUAAAAGUGAUGAAAGAAUCUAAACUGAUAUUUUAGUAUGAAAUAUAAUUGAUAUUUUCAAUUUAUUAAUAAAAAAAUAACAAUAAAUGUAAUCAUUAUAAAUAUGUUUAUUAUAUUGCUUCCCUUUUCAAUUUCCAGAUAUUCCUGUGCAAAUAUCUAGAGAAGGCAUUUGACUGAGAGUCUAUGGAAAUGUCUGCCUAUCAGAAACAAUGAUGCCUGCUGGCUAUUAAAAAAGAAAACUAUCACUUAUCUCUAGAUAAUAGAUGACAUUAACACUUGGGGCAUAAAGUCUUAUUAUAACUUGUCUCCAGUUUGGGAUCCCUCAGGUGGAAAUCAUCAAUCCAGAAUAGGCAGCUUCUAGUAUUCCACCAAUACACAUCAUUGAAGCUGCUGUAAAUAUAUCAUAUGAUACAAUCUGGGGAUGAUGCUGAGCUGGCUACAUGUGCAUUGACAGGUCAAGCUCGAAAAGCCUCCCAUACAAUAGUGUGCGUACCCCCGUGUGCUUAGGCCGCAGCAGCAUAUGUGUCAGGGUAACAUCAGGCAUCUUUACACCCAGGUGCACUUAUACCCAUUUCAUACCAAAAAACUAGGUCCAGUCUGGGUUAUUGUACACGGUUUCAAGCCAUGUCUUGCUGCUUGAAACUGCAUUCACACGGCAGACUGGACCCGAAUUUUUGCCUGGUCUUCUCUGACAUAAUUUCCAAGCGCCGGUGGUCUAUCUCUCUGUAUACUUUUUGCAUUGCCAAAGCAGGCUACCUGGGUCAGUGCCGGGUUUGACUCUGGUAGCUACCAUGGUUGGAUUCCCAUGCAACACAACACAACUAGACACUUUCACACUAAACCUAGAUGCGGGAUACCCCGGCAAUAAUCUGGGUUAUAAAUUUGAUGUGAAAGGAGUAUUACACACAUCCAGAUCAUAAGCACAGGAUAAGUUUGAUAACAUUUGCUUUGAUAGUGGAAGGAAGGAAGAUAGAUGUGGAAGGAAGAUUAUACCAGCUGUAGGGAAUGCAUAUGGAAUUAGCAAAAAAAAACAAACACAAUCAUAUAAUAUAUGCAUGAAUGAUGAAGAAAACACCUAUAUGCUUCAGAGGUCAGCCAAUCAGAAGAUAGUGCUGUCAUUUGUUACCUCCAGCACUGUAUAUUUGCACCAGACCUCGGCCAUCCUCAUUUGAUAUGGCUACUGACUAUGAUAUACUGUAUGCACUCAGUCCUGCAUGCCUCUCCCCUCCCCAAGUCUGUCUAUGCAAGCAAAAAGAGACACACUAGAUCUGCAUACAGAAUUAGGCUUACUACAUAUAUUUUACGGAUAUAUGCAGUGCCAACUUGCAUAUACACUAGCAAACAGGCAUCACUGACAGUAUAUCCAUCAGCAUUCAUACCUUACGUCUGCGUCCCCUAUAUUGUGUACACUGUAAUAGGGGUGGUCAACACAGACUGUCGCAGGGGUGAGUUCACACAGCUGCUUAUCCAAAUAUGGGGAUCGCUGUGAAUGGGAGGAUAUGUUUCUCAUGUUAUUACUAUGUUUUAGCUCACGAUUGUAUUUACUAAAGCGUAAAUUGUGACACUGCAGCAAUUUGCACCAUUAUACUGUAAUAAAUUGAAUUGAGAAAGGUAAUCUAUAUGUAUGUGCAUUGAGAUGUCUGACAAUUUCUAGGCAGGUGUCAGUGUCUACUGCCAUUGUUUUCUAGUGGGUGACAUCGUAUGUCUCAACUUUUGGACUGUGCAUGCACACACAGUACAGAUAUAUGCACGCAUGUACCAGGACUCAAUACUACAGAAAGAGCAGCAUAGUUGUAUGUGGCACAAGGAUCUAUCUCAGAUGCAGCCGGUUUACAGCUGCUGCACCUACCUUUUCUGCUAGAGAGAGCCAAGCAAUGCCAAGGGUGAUGGGCAGAGGGCCCAACUCUAUGUAACUGGCAAGGCAGAAGUACUAGUUGCUCUGUUAUCAGUUGUCUUUCAUGUUUGGACUUUUAAGAGUCAAUUCCAAUUAUGGUUGUUCCCAUACAGGCAUGGAUGCAUAUUAUAUUUUUUAACAUAACACUUGAAUAGGUAUUUCAUUGUAAGUUUGCAUAGAACUAAAUUUAAUAUUACCAAAUUUAUCUUUUAGAAGUAUAAUUUUAUUGAGAUAAAAUGUCAAUUGAUUCUACCCCAAUAAUGGAUACAGACACACUGUUGGUGCUCCAUCGACAUGCUUAGGAGUAACGUAUUUCCAGCUUGAAUUAUCCCAUUAUGUGCUGCAUCCAUCUAGCGUUGGGCAGAGGGGAGGGGGUUGUUGCUUUUAUGUUUGCUGUUGCAAUAUAGUUUGCAAAAUGAAAAGUGAAAAUAGGACUUUCUACACAUAACUGAUGACAAUACCGUAAAGGUGUACUGUAACUUGGGAAUGUGCUGCAAUUAGCGAGGCUGCCACAUGAAUGUCAGUGAUUAGAAAUGUGACAAAUUGCAGUUGCACGGUGUGCAUGAAAUGGGUUUGGGUAUGCUGGGGUGGCGACUGUGGAUAACCCUUGGAGGGUGGCGGCUAUGGCUAACUAACCCCUAUUGUCUGACCCUUGACCCCCCCCCCCCCCCCCCCCUCCCGGGCCCUUACUUGUACCCAGAUACUCAACUUCGGUAUGUCAGCUGAAGCUGACGGUGUUCCAGAGCUGAUAUCCUGAGUGGUGUCGGGAUGAUGGCGUAGAUCACAUGCCCACCACCAUUCCCACCGCCGGGAUGCUAAACGCAUCCCAUGAAAUGUAAUGUAUCUGAUAAAUAUAUCAAGGAUGAAUUAUAAAUAAAGGCAUUUUGUACUAUAAAGUGCUAUUAAGUUAUUAAACACUGACUAAAUAAAACUGAAUUAUUGUAAAUAAGGAUAAUUCCAAGUUGAUUAAGGAGGAAUUCAAUUGCAGAUGAUAACCCAUUUUCAUGUGAAUAAUUUUCACUUUUCAUGAUACGUGGUUAUCACCCAAUACAAUUGUAGGUGAAGUUAACACGUGAUAAUUCUCCAAAGGAUGUAACACACACAUUUUUCACCACCUUCUGAGCAGGUGCAAAUUUGGGUAAAGUCACUAUUUUAAGGCAAAAAUGUUAGAACUUGGUUCAGAACCACCGGGAUGCCCUUCCUAAUGAUUAAUUAGCCACUUAGAAUUUUAUACACAGCAGACUUGAUAGGAAAACCUGAUGCCACUGGGCAUGUACAGCAGCUCCAUUCCGUAUGUACUGUAGUGGUCGCUGGUAAGGCUGUGGGGUAGGGGAGUUUCCAUGGCAACUGGAAACCCCCCCCUGUGUUUGCCUAUGGGACUGUACAAUAUUCUCAGGCACUAAAAACAUGCUUUACAGCAAACUGGUAAAACAUGCCUCUCUGAGAAUAUAGUCUGACUAUACCUAGUUUCCUGUGAUUAUUCCAAGUUUAAAAUAUCAGUCUCUGAAAGACUUUGUCCCUGGAAAUAUCCCUGUCAUUUAGUAUUGAUCAACAACACUGGACAAUACCUCCUAUGUGUGUUGUAUUCUGACUGGGCAUAUUUAUUCCUGAGAAACCUGUGGGAGCUACUUUUUUUGGUCAAAAACGGAGGACCCCUUACAUAUAUCCCUGGGAUACUUAAUAGGAUAUUGCACAAAUAUUUAUUGUUAAAUAGGCCCCUAUGUAUUCAUAUUUACAGGUUUUUGUAGGCAUCUUCAGUAUUUAUUAUUUAAUAUACAUUACCACCAAGGCCAGUAAGCAUAUUAUGAUGGUGAGUCUACAGAGGAUGUCACCAAAAUGCUUGAACCAUAGAAAAAUAGGUGGCACGCAUUACAUUCUAAAGCAUGAAAUGAAGUAAAAGUUUCUCAUACAGUAAAUGAAUAUUUAUGUAGUUACAGACUUAGCUAGCAUGUUAAUUUGUUGCUCGGUUAGCUUGCCGGUGCUCUGUUAUCUCUUGUCUAUUCAUGUUUGGAGAUCACUUCCAAUUAUGGUUGCUCCCAGAUGUAUGCAUAUUGUAUUUUUUAAAAGAAUGUGCACAUAAUAUAGUUUCUUUGCAUCCAAGAAACUAAGAUAGGCAUUUGAAUGUAAAUUUAUAUAGAACCAAAUUUCAUGUUAGCAAAUGUAGCUUUAGAAGUAUCUGUUUGUGGAGAGUAAAGUUUACUUGAUUCUGCUCCAAUAACUAUGGACACAGACAGACUGGGACUGAUGUGGAGUUGGAAGGAUAUUUUCAAUGUGAUUUCCCCUACAAAUAAAAAAAAUGUAGCACAUAAAUGUCAUGAAUUUACAGCCACAUUCUGAAGAGUAGUAACUCAAGAUGCAUGUAAGGCUACACCAGUAGCAUAUGUCUCCGCUCAGCGUCUCCCAUACACUUACACCCUUGUUUCCAUACAUUUGUUUUGAUAGUGAAAUACUCAUUCAAAUAUGAAAAAAUAAAACCUUAUGAAUACACCACAAUAGACUUGUGCGCACACAAAGUCAUGGUCUCUGCUUCAGCACUGCAAAAAAAGCAUAAGUGAAUCAGCCAAUCAGAAGCAGUAAAUUGUCAUCAUUGGCAUAUGUUGCACCAGCCCUCAGGCAUCCGCAACUGAUAUGGCUACUGACAGUUGUGCACUUGUCUUUGCUCCAGUUUGAAUCUGUUUAGUAUGACUGUGCGGAAUGUUAGCCCUUCUCUCCAGUUGUAUGUGGAUGCAAGUGUCAGAUUAAUGCAAAUCUCCAUAUGUGUGCAGCCUGUUCCUGGGACUGUGCAUAACCAUUGUGUAGAUUUUACACUAUGCAAACUGGUGUAAGUCCAAUUCUGCAUCAGCUCUACUGUCUACAUAUUGUUGAGUCUUCUAAAUGUAUGUUGGCUCCUUGAUAAUAGAUGGCAUCAUUUAUUUAUCCCAUAUAUACUGUAUGAUUCUAGUUCUUUUUUACAAUAUGGGUAAAGUAGUUGUCCAUAGAUUUUCAAUUUGUCAAAAUUCUCUCAAUGUGGGUCAGAUGUACUAAGCCUUCAAGAGAGAGAACCUGGAGAGAGAUAAAACGCCAGCCAAUCAGCUCCUAACUGCCAUGUUACAGACUGUGUUUGAAAAAAUGACAGGAGCUGGUUGGUUGGUAGUUUAUCUCCAUCGACUUUAUCACUCUACAAGGCUUAGUACAUAUGCCCCUGUGUGUUAACAUUUUUAUAAACACUUUUAUGCCAUAGAAUGUUAGUAAAAUUACCAUAUCCUCAAAUACUAAGGCCGGGAUGUAAUGAAGUCCGAGUUUGGUGGCCGUGCGGGUUGCUAAACCAUGCCUUGUACACAAUUGCCCCUUUAAAAAAACGUCCGAGUUCACCUGGCAUCCCGCAUGGCCACCAAACUGGGACUUCAUUACACACCGCCCAAUAUCUUGAAUGAACAAUUUAAUUUCCAGUGUUUCCAGGUUUAGAUGAUCACAUUAGUUUUCUCUGCUAUAUCGAUUUGUUUGUUGAGACAUACAUGGGAUAUAUACUUUAAUUCCAUGCAGCAUUUCUAAUCACCUGAAAUUGCCUUUAAAUAGGCUAUGGGGAAAUUUAGAUUUAUAUAUUGUGAUAAAGAAUCACUCAUAUAUAUGUAUAUUCCACAAGUUUUGAA